GGUGUCAGUGCAGGCAGCAGCUAGAAUGUAAACACGGAGCAGAGGCUAAAUGACAGCAGCUAACGUGAGGCCAGAGCGAUGGACUAGACGUUCUCUUAGCCCUUAAUUUAAAGAUGGAAUGGGAAUGAUUAAAUAUUUCCCCGCUGUAUCAUUUACUCAAUUCAACUGUUUAAGUUAAGAUUCUAGGGAACAGUUAUAGCGUGCUUUGAUUUUGAGACCAAGCUAACCAGCUAGCUAGUUUAGCUUGGGUUGAUUUUAAAGUCAUGAACUCUCUGGUUGGCUACGGAGUGUCCUCGGAGUCCGACAGCGAUGGAGAUGUAAACAGUGAUUGUUUUGGUUCUGUUAAGGAGAUGGGUGAGGUGGCAUCAGCUGCCAAAAAGUCCCGCAACUUCUUGCUGGAGUCUGGUUCAACUUCCAGUGAAUCGGAACCAGAGGAAGAAGAGCCAGAGCCAUCUUCAUCAUCACCACAUGCCCAUAAACCAGCAUCUUUUGCAGCCUGCGAGUCCACCCUGCCUGCUCCUUCCCUGGAUUCCCUCACCUCCAAUAAACUACCCCCUCCUUCUCUACGUACCUGUUCGGACGGCAGUGUGUUUGCCAACCCUUUCAAGGCUCAGGCAGACCAAAAGCUCAGCGCCUUGCAGAAACACGUCCCCCUCACAAUGCAGGCCAAACCCUCCCAGAUAGGAGGAAAAAGGAUGUGUGUGUCAUACAGGAAAGAUGGGAGAUGCAGGUUUGGGAUCAAAUGCAAGUUUGCUCAUGACAGUGACCUCCAGACUCACACUGAUUGUCAUCCACCUGUGAGUGAAGAAGCAUCAGUGUCCGAUCAAGAUGAGUCCCAGGCAGGGGGCACAUUUGGAGGAGGAUCCCGGAACCUCCACCAGGAGACAAAAGAGGAAGAGUUAGGAGGGCAGCAGGUGAAGAAGAGAAAGGUUGGACUGAGCAACACCUUGAUUCCUCCUAAACGAGCUAUGAAGCAGUAUGUCAUGCAGAGGGAAAGAGAGCAGACCAAUAGGUCUUGAUGGAAGUCUUCUGUCAUUAAAGCAAUAGUACUAGGGUGACAUGUUUUUUUCAGUGUGUAUAUAUUGUAGAAAUUGUGCACUAUCCAUUCUAGGACCAAUGAAUGACUCAGGUGUACAGUAAUCUGUGGUUCUUGCUCAAGGACAUUUUCACAUGUGGACAGAAGGAGCUGGGGAUUGAACCACCAACCUAGCUGCCCCAGUUGAAGAGAGAUUCUGUGGGGUUUCUUGGGUGUGUUUGGUUUGGAUUGUGAUCUCAAACUCUCAGUGAAUACUCUGGAUAAAUGUUAAGACGUUUAUUUACAUCUUAUAAAUGAACCGUUUCUGUUUGCUCUACCACACA